CCCCCCGGCCCCGCGCCCCAGCUCCGCUCCGCCCGCCGCCGCGUCGCCAUUUUGCCGCUCGCUCUUCCCCUCCCGGCGGCGCGGCCCGGCCGGGCCCUCCUCGGCGGGCCCCGAGCGGCGGGCGGCGAGCUCCGGCCGGCUCCCGGCGAUGGGGCGGCCGGGCCCGGGGCGGCGGCAGGCCGGGGGGCGGCACGGCGGCCCCCGCUCGGGCCCGGGGGGUGGCGGGCCCGGGGCGGCCCAGCCCGCACGGUGGCGGGAGCGGGGGUGACAGCGAGGUGGCGCGGCCGAGGGGCUGGGGCCGGCGCGGCGGGGUGACAGCAGCACCAGGCGGGGCUGAGGUCCCGCUCGGCCCCGGGGAUGCCCGGGGGGGGGUGCCCCGGUGCCCGCCUGGGUGCCUGCCUCGGCAUGGCGAGGCCUCGCUGCCCACCAGGCGUGAGCAGGGGCUUCUCCCCUUGGCUGCUGUGUCUCGGGGGGGGGACGACAGGGACAGGGGACAGCUAACGUGCUCGGGACAGAAGCCUCACAGCGCCGAAACGCCUCGCCCACACCCGGAGCCCGCUGGGCGGCCGGAGCACGGGGCCUUGUGCCGCGGGGUGAGUCCUUCCCCCCAGGAGAGCCACCCGGCUGCCCCGGGCUGGCGAUGGCGCGGGGCUGUGCUGCACGAUGUCCCCCCAGCCACGCGCCCGGCCUGGGCACGCAGCGGGUCGUGGGGCUUCACCUGCCACGUGCUUCCCUCUCCGGGAAUCCUCCAGCGAGGGCAGUUCCGCUUCCUCCCGAGGAAGUCUUUCCCGCCGUUUCCUCAUCUUCCUUCCUGGGAAGUUUCUCCGAGUGUGUGGCUGCGGCUCUGGUUUGGCCUGGAGUCGGUGGGAGGCAGCGUGGCUCCUCGGGCAGUGGCGGCGGUGCCCUUCAGUGUUUGUCACCUGCACUGGCCUCAUGGCAUCUCUGCCGGCAGCCUGCCUGGCACGCCGUUCAUGCCCGGGCACCGCGGGCCGGGAGCAGGCGGCUCGCUCGCCUUUUUGGCAUUGCCUACAUCUGGAGCCGUUGGUAACUGAUGAGCGGGUCGAUGGGUGAUGGAGCUGGCUGGCGUGCAGCACGGUGCGUCCAUAGCACUGGGGCUGGGGCUGGAAUCCUGGCGGGAGAGUUUGUGGUCAGGAGCCGCAGGUGACAUUCCCCCUUGUAGCCAUAAGGACACCAUGGGGCUGAGAGGCCAUCCCUGGCUGCACGCGUGCUCCCACGGACCUAAUCCAAUGUCACAGACGGGCAUUUAUAUGUGGAGUUAUUCCCCCUUUUCCAGUUCAUGCCCAGUUUCCAGGCUGUGCCCAGCCCGCAGAGCCCAACAGCUCCACGGGAGGGAUCUGUCCCGGAGGGAAGGAGCCUGCUGGGGCUGCGAGUGGCUGGGACGUUGCUGUCCCUUGUCAAAGCCGGCAGAGGAGCGUGUGGCUGUGCUGGCCGGGCAGAGCUGCCAGUGGCUCGGGAGCGGUGCCUUUGGCAUGGUGGGCUCCCAGGCUUCGCUCCCCCCUUCCCGCAGCCGCGGGCUUCCUCCUCACCCCUGCUCCUGGCACCACCGACUUGGCCUCUGCUCAUCCCAUGCUGGCUCCUGUGUUGACACGGGAUUUUUUUUUCUGGAAUUGGAGUUGGACACUUCAAAAAUGCUGCCACGAACUUCUAAAAAGUUAACUAAAAAGAGCUGGAGGCUUCAUCAGCAAAGAUGCUGCCAAUCCCAACCUUCCUGUACCACAUCCUAGCCCCGCUCGCAGGCAGGACCCGCCAAAGUCUUUUCCUCCCACUGCCUGUUGCAAAAGGGUUGUCACCAAAAACAUAACGAAAGCAUGGAAGGGUGUGGGCUGUUGCCGGGUUUCAGCGUGUGUAACUCAAAAAUGAGUGAGAAGUUUGGACAUUACAAAAAAAGAACAACUACCAACAAUGGACUGAUUUUUGCUCUCUGGCUCCGGGGCAAUUCCUCUGGGAUCCCUGGGGUUGUAUCGGUGGCCAGGGAGCAGAAUUUGGCUCUCGCUAAGUGGCUUAUGGGAUUUUUAUUUUUCAUUUAGCCGAAAAAUAAGAAGGGAAGAGGACUCAAAGAAGUAUUUGGUGUGGAAAAACAAAAAGGCCUUCAAAACCUCUUAAGCUGGCCAGAAAGGGUCCCUUUGAGGGGAUGAAUGAGUUAAGAGGAAUGAGGAGUGUCGAGCUGUGGGAGCAAGACUGAGCUGGGCACCUGGAAUGUUGCAGUGGUUUUGGGAUUGGAGCAUUGCAGGGUGGUGCUCGGUACCGUCCCAGCUCCCAUGGUUUGGUGUGCGCUGCCAUGGGGGGUCCAGGGCGCAGGAGGUGGGCACCUUGGCCAACAGCGGGGUCUGCCCUGCCUGUCAGUCUUUGCAAGUCGUCCUUGAGCUGCCUAGCGAGGCGGGCACGGAGGUUUUGUGCUCUGUAGCCCAUCUGACAGCAGCCCUGCCUGCCUGCAUCGGGGUAUCUUGCUGCUCGGGGUGCAAGUGUGCUGGUGGUCGCUCUUUGGUGUGGGAGGCCCUGCUCAGCCUUCGCCCCAGCGCUGGCCCUCCCUCCCCUCCCGCUGGGAUGUGCCGGCCCAGGGGGCAAAGCCAUGGCACGGUUGCAUUGGUGCUAGCCCUGGUUGGGUAAAUGUGUUAGCUGGGUGGGUUUCCCCUUGGUUUUCACAUUAUAAAGCACAGAGAUCUUGUAGUCUUUAGUUUUCCGUUCACUAGUCUUUCGUGAGUCUUCCCCCUCCCCCUUUUUUUUUUCCUUUGAGCAACUCGCCUGGGUAUUGCUCAGAGGUGCCAGGAGGCAGCACAGGGAGGAAGGGGACUGGCAAGUUUGUUCCUGGCGGAUCUGGGACAGUAGCAGUGCCUGCGUGGGUGAGAAUGGAGCUGUGAUUUGGGAAGGGGCUGCAGGGACCCCCAUCUGUUCUGGAGACCAGCUGUCUCUGGGAAGGAGUGGAGCCACAGGCAGUCAGGCUGCAGCUCCUACCAAGGUCUCCCACCAAAAGAGCCCAAAUUAGCUGAAUAAACGAUCCCUGUGCUCAGCACCAAAUGCUAGAGAACCUGUUGCCAAGGCUGGAAUUUCUCACUUGAUCCGAUUAACCUUUGUGUCUAUGCAAACAACCACAUAUGUGUCACCAGCCGAACACAAGCCGGAAGCUUUUGCCAGUUCUUCACGGAGCAUCUGGGCUGCAUGUGAUGCACGGUGCCCAGUGCUGCAUGGAAAGUCCCUGGGGACGCCUCAGACAGGGCUGUUGGGCCCUUGUGUCCCAUGUGUCGAUGGCCUGGCCAGCGAUCUGGGCACACGGGAGAUGCUUCCCCAGACCUUUGCUGUCUCUGGGCGCCAGGAUGGGAGGGAUGAGUCUGGAUGCUCAGGGCAUCAACUCCAUUGAGUUAAGCGAUGCUGGACGUGAUCUCAUGGGAGGAAUUGGGAGUGACGCGUCAAAUGUGUUUUAAAAAACCUGUGUGUGUGGGAGAGAAGUGUUGAGCAAAAGUGAAGAAAGCACCAUUUGGCACUUCCUUCAGUCACGCUGCCAGUACCUGGCUGAGGAUCAGCAUCAUAUCCCGACCAGGGUCUCAAGGCCGUGGUGGUCCAGGGAAUCACCUCCCAGGGGCCUGAUGCUCUUGUUGUGGAGGACACCUUUAGCCUAGCUGCAUCUCCCGAUGCAGCUGCUGUCCUCAGAUGUGUCUUUGUGCUGUCAGGAGGGGAGGAAGGUGCUUGAAACCAACCAGGGCAGAGCCAGCCGCACCAUGGGCUUCCUCCUGGCACCGCUGACGUGGAGGGGUGUCCUGCUACCGGCUUCCGUCAGGAGUGAGAUUGGACCUUCUGCGAUAAUUCCUCACGUUCAUUAUUUAUAGAGAAGCCAAAUUGAAUUAUUAAUACGGAAAAUUCAGAUAACAUUAACAAUUCUCAGUUUAUAACAGUUUCCCAUUAAUAAGGAAAAUUGGAAAUUUAUCACUACAUCUGUUCAUUAAAACUCACUAUUUUUUUUUCUUUUGGUGUCUUAAAUGAAAGCAGAGAAAUAAACGAAGAGGAAAAGCCAUUUAUUCGCUACUUCUCUGGGCAAAGUCAGCCCAUAAUUUUUAAUAAAGUCUUUGCAGUUAUAUGUGGAGGGGGAAACCAGCAUAUAAUGAAAGCAGCUUUUCAGCCAUGUCCAUGGUGUUGCUCGACCGUAGAACAAAUACUCGGAAGCACGUCCCGUUUAUUCUCUUUGUGGGAACCUUUAAGCUGCAUGAUAGUUUUUUAAUUUCCCUUCCUCCUCAGCAGCUCUCCUUGCUUUCAGCAUGUGUUGCUCCUGGCUCCGAGGAGUGAAUUUUAACGCUUCCCCUGCUUCUUUCAGAGAUGGCGGAUUCCUAUACCUUUAAAGGUGGAAGGAAAACUGCAGGCUCUAACAAACCCGCUGCCAGCAAAGAAAGCAGGACAGAGACAAGGAUAAACCCACCGGCAGAGCUGCCCAAGCUCGGAAAUGCAACCAGUGACAGAACUGAGGGCAGGAAGAAAGGACGACCCAAGGCCGAGAACCAGGCGCUGAAAGACAUCCCCCUCCCCCUGAUGAACCAGUGGAAGGACGAAUUCAAAGCCCACUCCAGGGUGAAAUGUCCCAAUUCAGGCUGCUGGCUGGAGUUCCCCAGCAUUUAUGGUUUGAAGUACCACUAUCAACGCUGCCAAGGGGGUGCAAUCUCAGAGAAGCUGACGUAUUCGUGCUCGUACUGCGAAGCUGCCUUCACCUCCAAAACCCAGCUAGAAAAGCAUCGGCUCUGGAAUCACUUGGACCGGCCAGUGCCAACCAGCAAAGCAGAAAACAAAGUGCCGAAGGCCAUUGGAAAGAGCAGUGGCAAGAAAAGAGCUGCUGAGAGUUCAGCUUGCCCCACCAUCCAUCCCAAACAGGCAAAGACGGAAAAAGCUGCGGCCCAGGACCACGCCGAGAAUGGCGAGUGCCUGGCGGAGAGCCGGGAGAGCAAGGAGUUUCAGAUCGCAGCAGCUGAGGCAAUGGCAGCCGCCACCCCCACGGCGAAGUCUUCGAGCGGCAAGGAUGCUGUGCAGCAGCGGGGCAGCCAGGCCUCUCUGCAGGAGGAAGACCCCGAGAGGAUGAAGCACAGAAGGAAACAGAAAACUCCUAAGAAAUUUACGGGGGAGCAGCCGUCCAUCUCGGGGACGUUUGGACUGAAAGGUCUUGUUAAAGCAGAGGACAAAGCGAAAGCUCAUCGAGCCAAGAAGUUAGAGGGUAACACCAACACAGAGGAGCUGAAAAAGAAACCUCCAGGAGCUGGUGUGAAGAAGGAAACAGCUGUACAUCUACCAGCAGCAAACCCCGAGGACCAGUGGCAGCGGGAGAUCAGCGAGAAGGGAGAAGUUGCCUGUCCAACCUGCAGUGUUAUAACCAGAAAGACUGUUGUGGGGCUCAAAAAGCACAUGGAUGUCUGCCAGAAGCUGCAGGAUGCCUUGAAGUGUCAGCACUGCAAAAAGCAGUUCAAGUCCAAGGCUGGGCUGAAUUACCACACCAUGGCUGAACACGUCAGCAAGCCUGUUCCUGUGGAAACCGCUGGACUUGGUGAACAGGAAGAGCGGGAAAGGCUGAGGAAAGUGCUAAAGCAGAUGGGAAAACUGAAAUGUCCCAAUGAGGGCUGCGUGGCCAAUUUCUCCAGCCUAAUGGGCUACCAGUACCACCAGAAGCGGUGCGGGAAGCAGCUCGCCGAGGCCGACAAGCCUGUCUUCAGCUGCCCACACUGUGGCAAGAAGUACAAAUCCAAGGCUGGCCACGACUACCAUGUGCGGUCAGAACACAUGGCCUCGCCUUCGGAGGAGCCAGAGGUGAAGCCGGAGCCUGGCCCCGUAGAAGAUUUUGAAAGGACCCCAAGUGGCCGCAUCCGUCGGACAUCAGCCCAAGUAGCCGUCUUCCACCUUCAGGAGAUAGCGGAGGACGAGCUUGCCAAGGAUUGGACCAAGCGGAGGAUGAAGGACGACCUGGUGCCUGAAACGAAGCGGCUCAAUUACACCCGACCUGGGCUUCCAAAGCUCAAUCCAAGGCUGCUGGAAAACUGGAAGAAUGAAGUGAAGGAGAAGGGCCGCAUCAACUGUCCCAACAACUGCUGUGAAGCCAUUUACUCCAGCGUCUCAGGGCUGAAAGCUCACCUGGCCAACUGCAACAAGGGGGACCACUCAGUGGGCAAGUACCGCUGCCUCCUGUGCCAGAAGGAGUUCAGCUCAGAGAGCGGGGUCAAGUACCACAUCAUCAAGGCUCACUCGGAGAACUGGUUCCGAACCUCUGCAGAGGCCAGCCGGAAAAAGAAAAGCAGGGAACAGCUUUCUUCCAGCAAAGAGGAGAAAAAGAAAAGCACAAGCGGGAAGAAAAGGGGGAGGAAACCCAAAGAGAGGCCUCCAGAAAUGUCCCCGAAGGGCAAAGAGAGCGUGGCAGCAAAGACUAAUCACAAGAAAACCCUUGAGCACUGGGAAGGCCCCCGAGGCAGCCCCGAUGGGGAUGAGCUUGUCCCCAAGCCCCCGAGCCAGCGGAAGGGAGGAGCCAGUAAGAUGCCUGAGAAAUGAGCAGCUCAGAGACUCAUCUCCGAGGAUUCGUUUACAGCCCAGGGUAACAGGGUGGGGGUCUCUCCUGGUUUUCUGUCCUCCCCCAUCCCCCCCACCCCCCCACCCUCCACUCACCCCCUUUUUACAAAAAAAAAAAAAAAAAAAAAAAGAGACUGAAACUACCAAUUAACCACUUUAAACAAGUUACGGACCUUGUUUCACACUGGAAAACAAACAGGAUCAAGCAAGCUGGACCGUUCUGCGCCCCCUGCCCCUGUACAUACCCCUCUGCCCGCGCCCCUGCCCGGCAGGACCCUGCUGUCCCCCCUGCCCUGCCCGUGACCCCCUGUCAUAGCCCCUGCGCCAAACUGGUGACGCUUGAGCGAAAGAAAAGUGCAAUAGCAGUGGGACCCCGGGCCGGGGUCUCUCUGCGGCUGCGUGCCGGGGCGGGGGGCUGUCUGCACCUGCGCUGCCACCUGUGCGGGCAGCCUCCGGUGGGUCAUCCCUGCUCCCAGGGUGAUGUUUCCAAAGAUGUUUGAACCGAGCAAGCGGCCAGGCAGGGGCAGGGGGACAGCAGGGUCUGGCAGCGGAUGCUGUGGGGCAUCUGGUAGCGCUUUCCCCACGGCCUGGGGCAGAGAGGAGACUUGCUUCGGCAGGGACGGGCCCGUGGUGUGUUGGCGUUGCGGCCGGCUCGGUGCAGGGAUUUGUCUCGGCGGUGCCAGGUGCAGGCAGAGGAGCGGGCAGGGAGCGUGGCCAGGGCUGGCGAAGCAUCGCCCGGAGAUGGCUGCGGCUCCGAGGGCUGGGGGGUGUGAGCACCCCUGGGAGUCAGUGGGAGAGGGGGUUGCCGUAGGGCGGGUCAGGUCAGAGGGUUUAACCGAAAGUCGUUGGCAUGCCGUGAGCACCGGGGAGCAUCCCGGUGAGACCGCGGGGAGGGGGUGCGGUGGGGGAGCGGUGCCUCGGUGCUCGAGUUGUCUUUGCAAAUGGAGACGGAGGAGCGGCAAUGCUGCGAUGGCAGCGCUGGGUCAGGGUGAGCCAGCAGCUGUUGAGCCGCCUGACCGGCACCGGGGGGUCCACUUGGCAGAUUCAGGGUCCCCAUCGUGCCCCGUCCCAAAGGUGCUGGUUGCCCAGGAAGGAGCAGUGGGGUUUGGUCACCCCGCUGUGGCCGCAGGAGGUGUGUAGCGGGGAUGGUGGGCAGCAUCAAGUGACAAUCAUGGGUCCUGCUUUCGGGUGAGUCCCAGCCGCUGCUCAGGCACCUUGCACUCACCUUGUCCUUCCAGGCUGGGACCCGCCACAGGGUGAGCCUCGCCUCCCCCGAGAUGCAUCCAAGCCUGUGCCCAUCCUCCUCGGGGGACGGAGCGUCCCUGCAUGGUGCGCUGUCGCUGUCCCUUGCUUGUUCUCCUGCACCGGGCUUUUCUUUGCACCUGUACUAAUCCCGUCGUCACACCUCGCUCCGGCCUGGAGGGAACCAUCCCCAGACCGGGAUAUGUCUUGUCUCCAGACAAAAACCAGGCUACCUCGGUCCUUGGGAAACAGGCAUGUUUUCUCUCAGUAACAGAGCAGAAAACCUUAACUCAAUUUUUUUUAUCCUGUGCAGAGCUGGGAAGGUGGCAUCGGGGGGAGGAGAGCUUCUGCUUUUACUUUUAUCAAUUAAAACCUCAACCCUCGGUUUCCUUCACUGCUCUUCACCGCCCGCUGCAGGCUCAGUAUCGUUUCCCUGCUCCAAGUUGCCGCUCAGUAAUAAUUAAUGUCCUCCUCCACUGGCAGGUUAUGACAGCCCCGGAGGGAGGGAGGGGACAGCGGUGUCCAAAGCCAGGGCAGCUUCUCGGGGAGUGGGUGCCGCUGCUCCAGCCAUGGCUCCCGGCAGCCGGGUGCCACCGUCGGCAUGGCCCAGUGUGCUCAGCCGCCAGCUGGCCACGGGCUGGGGGCGAGGGACCCGCCUGGGUGCUGCUGGUUGUGCCGGGCUUGGAAGCAAUUAGUGAGAACGCUCAAUCAGUCGCUGCCGGUUUGCUGCUGGCGCUUCAUCCGAUCUUUGUUUUGGUCGUGUCACCGAUCUUUGUUUUGGUGGUGUCACCGGUGCAAAUCCUGCCUCCCUGGGGAAGGGUGGAGAGCUCCAGGAACUGUAGGACCUGCGUUCCCAGAUGUCAUGGCAGGGACACUGUCCUGGGCGAUGGCAUCCUGCUGUGCUGAGCCUGUGGGAUGGCACCGGCCGAAGCAAUAGCCGCUGGGGGCUGGUGAGGAGGGACCCCACGCCUGAGGUGUGCUCGGGUGGCGCGGGGGAUGUGCCAUGGCUGGCAGGGGGUGUAGGCAGCGGCAGGAGGUGGGGAGCAGGCAGAGCUGGGGACCCGGCACAGAGUUCAGCACCAAAAUGGCCACAGAGGGACAGAGGGAGCCACUGGAUCCUGAAAUCAUGUCCCACCGUGGGGGAAAGCCCCUGGCAAAGCUCCGUGCCCUGGCCCGGGGAGGGGGGAUGCGGGUGGCCUGGGCUGCCGCUUUGGGCAUUGACCUUACGAUCCCCGCUGCCUCUCCUCGGGGACAGCACGGGGCUCAGUUCUCAUUAACGUGCGAUUAAUCGGCUUCUCAUUGAUUAAAUUCUCAGGCAGCACUGUGCUCCGUGCUGGGGGCAAGCCCCGGUGCAGGAGCUCGGCCGCGGGCUGCUGGGGGUGGGCGAGACCUGGGGAAGGGCCGCCUUGGGGGUUGUCGUGGGGUCCAGCUCAAACCCCAUCCUGCCGCUCCAGUAACGGGAGCAGCGGCACACACGUGUCCUGGAAGGAGUGGGGACAGCUAUGGUGGCCUCGCGGGGGUGACACCGUCCCAGAGGGGACCACGGGGACAGUCUGGGGGCUCAGGGCGGUGGGCACGGCAGUCCCGGUGCGGGGGCUGUCCCCCAUCACCCUCAGAGCUGGGAGAUGUGACAGCAGCACCUUGGGCACAUGGAAAUUUUUAUGAAAAAGUGAAAUCUUCAGGGUUUUUUUUUUUUUCCCUCCCUUUAAAAAGUAUUUUUCCCCUACUAGUCAUCACUCAGAGAGGAAUCCGUUCUCCCACUGCCGCCUUCUCCAUGAGCCAUCCUUUCCUCUCUGCCUGUUCCGGGAAGGCUCCAGGGCGAUGCUGGGGGUACGGGCAGCUGCCUGCCCCGCGGCACCGGGGUGGCAUCGCCGGAGCCCGGUGGGUUGUGCCGGCUCAGGUGCUCCCAGCGAGGCGGCGGCCAGGGGAGCAGCUCACCUUAAUGGGGGGGGGGGGGGGGGCGAGACGGGGGACAAGCGUGCCCUCUUCCCUGCCAUCCCCUCUCCCACGGGGACUUGGGCAGCGUGGGACCCCCGGGCCUGGCACCCCCUGCCCUGCCAUGGGCCCGAGCUGCAGGGCACCCCCUGCGGCAGCGGGGAAUAACCUACGGUUCAUGUAAAGCCCCGUGAAGGGGAGUGGGGGGCAGGGGUCUGCGGCACGGUGGCACCCCCAGUCCCGGCCCAUUGCCCAGGGGGGCUUGGGGUGCUCAUGGUAGGUAAAAGGGAGUGCAGGGGGGCUCGGGGCACAGUGGAGGCUGUGUGGGGGGUUCCUACGACUGCGUCCCCCACUGGCAUCUGCCCCCACAGCACCCCGGGGACCAUGACACCAUGGCCCCACGGCCCCCACGCCUCCACCGCUGCAGAACCCCACCGCCCUGUUGGCCACAUCCCUGAGGAAAGGGCUAAACCUCCAUGGGGUCGGGGCAGGUGGGCUGCAAGCCCACGGCGGAGCCUCGUGGAGCCGUCCCCGAGGCUGGGAUGGUGGGGGGCUGCGCGGGCGGGCGAACCCCCCGGCACCGCACGGCAUGGCCAGCCCCAGCGGGGGGGCCAGCCCAGAGCACCCUCGCACCCACGGAUGUUGGGAGCGUUUUGUUCUUUUCUUUCUCUCCUCGUGACACCCAUCCCACGGCAUAUCCGAAUGUUUCUCAUCGAUGCCAGUUAUUAGUGCAUAAGUGUAUUUUGGGGAAAAAAAAAUUACAAUGGAAAAAAAGAAAAAAAAAAGAAUUUUCAAUUUAUCACUUGUAACCAUAUAUAUAAAUAUAUAAAUAUAUAUAUUAAAAAGUGUUUAUUUGCAAAAAAAAUAAAAUUGUUUUAACAGUAAACUAUCUUAUAAUAAACUCCCGAUUUGUGACGAUCUGUUCUUUUGUUAAUCAUUGACAAAUCCUCAGUUGGAGAGUACUGUACCAGCAGCGCGGAGAGCUGCGCCGCCGAGCACCGCGGAGGGGUAACUCGAUGUACUGUAUGUAUUAAAAACAGCUGUAUCGAAUAAAUGUUUAUUGAUUUUUUA